AUGGUGGUGGGCGCGAACGGGCAGCCGCAGCGAUGGCUGGACGCCGCUGGAGUCCUGACCGACGUGGAGGAAGCGGGGAGGUUCUUAUCGGAUCUGCUCGCGGAUGACGUGGCAGCAUCUGCACCAGGACACAUGGCAGCGUCAGCGUCAGGGCAUUUAGCGGCGGGCGCCGGCGCGGGGACGGGGGCUGGGUCAGGGGGCGGGGCUUUGGGUUUACCGGACCUGCAGGAGGAUCUUGAGGCCGGCCGCCUGUCUGCGUUUCAGCCGUAUUCUAGUCCGCCGUUGGAGUGGCCGGCGGCGGUGGAGCAGGUGGGGUUCGAGGAGCUGCCUGCGGAGCUGAUCGCGCGCUACAACGCAGCGGGCGGCCAGGGCUCCGCGCUCUGCGGACUCUUCCCCGCCGCGCGGCUCGCCUGGGCCACCGUCAACAACACACUUUUCCUCUGGCGCCUGGGGAACAGGGGCGGGAAGUGUGUGCAGUUCACGUGGGAGCAGCACGCCAUAUGCGCGGUGGGGCUGGUGAAGCCGCGUCCAUCCGUGUUCAUCCACGCCAUCCAGCACCUGCUCGUGCUCGCCACGCCCUUCGAGAUUCUUCUGCUCGGCCUCUGCUCCCGGGGAAGCCCCUCCUUCCUGUCCCGCGGGGCUACUUCAGCAGCAGCAGCGCCAUCGCCCGGCCUGCAAGACACGUCCUUCUUCAACACCCCUCCUCCUCCCACCUCCUCCAUAUCAGCAGCAGGAGCAACAGCAGGAGGGGAGGGAGAAGCGGGGGCAGGGACAGGUGCAGGCGCACAGGGGCAGGGGCAGGGGCAGGCGCUUCUAGACGAGAUAGUCCUGCAGCCGCUGCCUGAUUACGUGGUGAGCAGCGACAACGUGGCCAUGACGUGCGUGGCAGGCACGCCGUUUUGCAUCUCCCUCCUCACCCGCUCUCUCCCCCCUCUCCUCCUUCCCUCUCUUGCCCUCCACGCACACCCCGGCCGCCCCAGGCUGGUCGUUCCCUCAGUGUUCCGCUUCUCAUCAGCCAGCCCAGUGGCAGAGCUACAGGUGGACGCGGAUCGGGCCAUUCUGUACGCGCGCACGCUCGACUCACGCCUCCUCGCCUUUGACCUCGGCGCGGACGGCCAGCAGCCCGCACGCAAGGUGGCCGAGGCCUCCCACGUGGGGUCCCUGCGCGAGUAUUACCGCGAAGCUGGCUCUGCUGGUGGGUUUGGAGGGGGAGGCUUUUUUGGUGGUGGUGGGCAAGGGGUUGGUGGAGGAGCAGGAGUAGGAGGAGGAGGGAGAGGGGGGGGAGGGCGUGUGGUGCCUGCUAAGGCGUCUGUUGUGUCUCUUGCUCCCACGUCUGUUGCAGAAUCUCGCUCCAUUCAUCUUGUAGCUGUUCUAUCCGAUGGCCGCCGUGUGUUCCUCUCAACGUCCCACACCCCCUCGCACUACCACAUCCCCCGCCCUCUCCCUCCCCCCGGCCACUCCACUCCCACCGCCUCCUCUGCCGCGUCUCACCGCUCCCACAAGCACCCGCGGCCGUCCCAGCUCAAAGUUGUUUCUGCCCGGGCUGCCCCUCCACGUGGGCUCCCCAUCUCUGCUGCUGGAUCACCCGCCGCAGCAGCAGCAGCAGCCGCAGCAGCGGCAGCAGCAGCGAGCUUGGCAGGGUACGGGUCUCCCCCAGGCGCCGGCCUUCCAGGAGCUCCUGGGUGGGGUGGAGCAGGGAGAAGCAUGGGAGUGGGGGGGGGAUUCUACGAUGCGACAGGAUCGGGGCGGUAUGGCGCAGGCAUUCCCGGUGGGGGGUUUCCAGGGUCUGCAGGAGGAGGAGGGCUGGCAGGGAUGGGCGCGGCAGUGGGGCUGGGAGGGCUGGGCGGCUUUGGAGGGCUGACUUUUGGUGCGGAGCAGGCUCUCAUGCUCCGGGUGGAGGCCGCCGUGUGCCAUGCCGGCCAGCUCUCCCUCUCUGAUGCCUCUCCUCCCCUGGGAUCCAUGGCCGCUGCUGCUGUGACCCCUCCCACUGCCUCGCAGCUUGUUAUCUGCCUCAGGGACCUUACCAUUCCUCCCUGGUCCCCGGGAUUGUAUGCUACUUCUGCUGCUGUGCCUGGCGGUGGUGGGUUUGGCUCCUCUCCCACCCAUCACCAGCAGUACCAGCACCAGCAUCAGCAACAUCAUCACCAUCAUUAUCAGCAGCAGCAGUUUGGAUCGCCUGCACCAGCCGCUGCUCCUUCAUCCCCCUUCUCCUUCUUCUCACCCUCCUCCCAACAGCAACAGCAGCAGCAGCAGCAGCAGCAGAGGGCAUUCGGGUUUAGCACGCCUGUAGCAGCACCAGCGGGCAUGGGCUCAGCCGCCAGCCCUUUUGCACCCCACGCAGCACCAGCAAUGGGAGCAGCAGGAGCAGGCGCAGGUGGUGCAUACGCGUCACCAUCGGCGCAUCCCCCUCGCGGUUUACGGGAAACCGUGUCCAUCGUGCCCCUGGAGGGCCGUGUGCUCGCAAUGGCGGAGCUCCUCCCCCCUCUCUUCCUCACUGCCGCCUUUGACGUUGCCUCAGCUCCUGUCCUGGGCGCUCUCCCCUCUACUGCUCUCACUGCUUCCUUCCCUGGUGCUCUCACUGCCUCUUCUGCUGCUGCAAAUGGCUUCCUCCCGCCUGAUUCCCCCUUUUCGGGGGCAGCAGGGCGAGGAGGUGGGGCGGGAGCGGGCGCAGGAGGAGACGGAGGGGGAGGGGCGUUGGGCUGGUUACUCUCCGGAUCGCCAGAGAGAGCGCAAGGAGGGGGAGGGGGAGGGGGCGGAGGGUGGGGAGGAUGGUUUGGAACCCCUGGGAAGGGAGGAGCAGGAAAGGGGGGGGCAGCAGGGGACGGAAGCAGCAUGGGGGGCUUGCGGCUGAAGGAAGGAGGCGGGGAGGAGGAGCAGCUGGCGCGGGCGCGGCGGCUGUGGGCUCGGGGGAUCCUGGCGACUCAACACAUGCUUCCGCGGCGGUCCCUUGUGGUGCUAACAACCGUUGGGCUGGUGAAUUUCGCAGUGAACCGCCCUGUGGAUGUGCUCCGGCGCCUGCUGGAGCGGAACGCGCCGCGAGCAGCGGUGGAGAGCUUUUUCGUGCGGUACGGCAGCGCGGAGGCUGCUGCCAUGUGCCUGCUGCUGGCGGCGGGGAUCAGCCCGUGGAAGGAAGGCGCAGUGGCGGGCAAUGGGGAGGAGAGUGCUGGUAGAGACAUGAUGGAUGGGGAGGAUGGUGGCGGCGCUGCUGGUCGGUGGGGCACUGGAGGAGGGGAGAGGCGACGUGGCAGGGUGGCAGGCGGGUGGGAUGGGGGGAUGGGAGGUGGUGACGGGAGGGGGAGAGCGGGGGUUGGUGGGAUGGGGGGUGGGGGAGCAGGGGUGGGAGGGGGGGUGUCAGGGAGUGCAUCAGCAGUGUCUGUGCUGGUAGCAGAGCGAGCAGCUCAGCUUCUAGACGACCCUCGCUUUGUGGGACUCCCUUCUCUUCAAACUCUUCCCUACGGCACUCCUCCUCCUCCUCCUCCUCCUGCUGCUGCUGCUGCUGCUGCUGCUCCGGGUGUUGCUCCCGGCCCUGCAGCAGCAGCAGGAGUGGCAGGAGCUCCAGGGGCCGCGUUUGGAGCAGCAGCAGGGCCAGCAGGGGCGGGAGCUUGGGCUUGGCCGUACGCCCCUUCCACCCCAGCUGCCCCCGGCACCCCUGCUGCUGCUGCUGGUGGUGGUGGUAGUUAUGGCACAGCAGGGGCAGCAGCUCCCGGCUGGGCUGGGUUUGCAGGGAGGAUGGGCAUGGGGGCAGGAUGGGGUAACGCAGCAGCAGCAGGAGCAGCAGGAGGAGCAGAAGUGCAGGUGGUAUAUUCCGGCGCGUUCCAAGGGCUGUCAUUAUGUGUGGCCAGGCUGCUAGGGCCUAUAUGGGACCUGCCUGUCCUCUCGUCGCCCUCGGGCUCUAAUGUCGGAGCCGUUGCUGCUGCGGCUGCUGCUGGUGGGCACUCAGCUGGUAGUGCUGCUGCAGGGGCGUCUGGUGGUGGCAGUGCCAGUGGUGCUGCAUCUGCUGCCCUCUACUGCAGGUCUGUUCUUGGCACUGUUCCUCACGCUGCUUUUGCACUCCUCCUGGCACUGCUCUUAGCACUGUAUCUGCUUUCCUCAACCUCCAUUCCCCAUCACCAUAUUUCACACACCCCCCUCUUUCCUUCGUCCCUGCCCCCCCCUCUACACCCCUUUCCCCCCAAUAAACCCUCCCGCACCCACGCACAUCGUCUCCGCGGGUUCCCCUACUCAUUUCCUUCUCCCACCCACCAAACACCCGUUUUCCUCCUCCCGCACGCGCCUGUCAAUCCCCACCCCACCUCGUCUGCCUGCCCUGCCAGCCUACCAUCGGAGGUGCUAUUGCUAUACGAGACCAAGACGAGGCUGCUCGAAGCCUUUCUGCGCUCGCGCCGGGACCACCGCCGCGGCCUCUACGCACGUGUCCUGGGCGCUGGUCUCCUGCCCGCCCUCCCCUCCUCCUCCUCCGCGCCCUCUGCUGCUGCUGCCGGCGCAGCGGGAGCAGGAGGGGGACAGGUGGGAGGAGGAGCUGCGUGGCAUGGGACUGGGGAGCAGGAGAGGGGGCGUGCGGGCGGGGACAGAGGAAUGGGGGUUGGAGGAGGAAGGGGAGGGGAAGCAGGAGGGGGAAGGGCAGGAAUGGGUGGGUACCCGGAGGUGGGAUCUGGGGGAGGGUGGAUGUCUGAAGCAAUGGACGCAGAGGGGGCGUUUUCCAAGAGGCAGAGGCUGGCUCCCACUGCCGCCCAGCUCGCCGCCCACGAGGUGCGCGCCACGGAGGGCCUGCGGCGGCUGCUGCGGCGCACGGCGGAGGCGCUGAGGCUGCUGCACGUGCUGUCACAGCACCACGUGAUGCGCCUCGUGCACGCGCUGCACCCCUCGUGGCACGCGCUGCUCGCCUCCCUCACCCUGCACCACCUCGUCUGCUCUCCCGCUGGGGACUCCGCUGCCUCCCAGCUCAUCGCUGCUCUACUGCAGUACUACACAACGCCCAGUGCGCGCGGGUCGAUGGAGGACAUGUGUGCGCGGCUGCGCACGGACUGCCCGUCGUUCUUCUCGGACGCGGAUCAGACCUUCUUUGCCGCCGUGCAAUGCCUUGAGUCCGCUCGUCAGGCUGCUGCCGCCGGUGAUGCCGCCACGCGCACGCGCCUCGCCAGAGAGGCCAUGGCGCUGCUCGCACGCGUGCCUGAGACUGCUGACCUGCUGUCUGUGUGCCAGCGCUUUGAAGACAUCGGGUUCUACCAAGCGGUGGUGGAUCUGCCUCUGCGCAAGGCACGCGCGCUGGACCCCAACAACGACGCCACCAAUGCCCGCCUCGACCCGGCUGUCCGAGCAGCCGCCAUGCAGGCGCGGCAGCAAUGCUACGACGUGGUGGUGGCGGCAGUGCGCACGCUCAGUGGCCAGACUACAGGGGCCGGCGUGGCAGCGCGCCCUCAGUUUGGCGUGCCACGCCCACUGGGAGCAGCGGCACUGACAGAGGAGGAGAGGGAGCAGCAGCUGGUGGCGGUGGUGCGGCAGGCGGUGGCAUGGGACGAUGCGCUCUUCCACCGCCGCCUCUACGCCGCACUCAUAGCCCUGGGGCUGGACUCGCUGCUCAUCUCGCUCUCUGCUCCUGACGUUGAGGACUUUCUCCGCACGGCUGGGGCCAACGUGGAGCCCCCUGACGAGCAGCUGCAUGUGCGGUACCUCUCGGUGCUAGCACGGUAUUACAUAGAGCGGCGGCAGCAUGAGCUGGCAGCGCAUGUGCUGCUGCGCCUCGCAGAGCGCCAGCAGGUGGACGGCGCCCAGCCAGGCCACCCGGGCUUCCUUUCCCUCGAGGAACGGUGCAACCUCCUGAGUGCGGCAGUACUGCAAGCAGCAGCCAUCAGCAGCAGCGGGGGCACGGGAGCAGGAGGGGGUGCAGGUGCAAGGGGCAUGGGAGGGCGUGCAGCAGCAGGGGGCGGGGGUGAGAAGGAGGUGGCGCGGCUGCAGACAGUGCUCAAAGACAAGCUGGCGGUGCUGCAGUUCCAAAUCCGCAUUCGCGACCACCUGCUCGCUGUCGCCACCAGGUUUGACGGCCAGCCUUCACCACAGCACGAGGCAGCAGCAACAGCAGCAGGAGCAGCAGCAGGGGGUGCCGGUGCAAUGGAAGAAGGGGGAGACGGGGCUGCAGGUGCGGCAGGAGGAAACGGGGCCGGGGAGAUGGAGGUGCGGCGGCGAGCGGAGGUGGCAGCAGCGGAGCUGCAGAGAGAAGUGCGGAGCAUAACAGACCUGUACAACGACUAUGCCGUGCCUUUCCAGCUGUGGGAGGUCUGCCUGGAGAUUCUCCGCUUCUCCAGCUAUGCAAGUGACGGCAGCAACGGCGUGGAGCGUGCCAUGUGGCGCAAUCUCAUCGAGCAAGGCCUGCAGCAGGGCGGCAUUGCAGAGGCGUGCGAGCGAGUGCAGAGGGUGGGCUCCUCGCUCUCCAUGCGUGGUGCUGCUGGCGGCGCUGCUGCUGCUGGUGCCGGUGGUGCUGGUGGCGGUGGUUCUGGAGGCAGUGGGGGCAGUCUUCCUCUGGAGUUCCUCUGCCUGCUGCUGGAGCAAGCAGCACAGGACCUGGAGGCGAGAGGCGAGUCCUCCCACGACGAGAUCCCCCGCGCCCUCAUCUCCGCUUGCGGCGGCGCAUACGAGCCCGUGGCAGCAGCAUACUCGCAGCUGCUCUCGCGUGCUGCCGGCCCACUCUGCCAGCCGUCCCUCCGCCUACGCCUGCUGCUCUCAGUCCUCGCUGUUCUCAAGCAGUGGGCUGCAGCGCUUGUCGAUGCCGACGGGGGGCUGGGUGGGGAUGGCGGUGGGCGGGGGAAAGCGGGAGGUGUGGACGGGAGUGAGUUCAUGGCUAUGGAUGGGCCGCGCAUGGGCGAUGGGAUGAGCGCACGUGCCUCCAGAGCCGUGCUUGUCAGCGCUUGCAGCCGGUACAUGGGGGAGGUGCGGCGGCUACCGCUGCCCCAGGACACAGCAGAGCAGCUUAUAGCAGAGUUGCGCCAGGUGGAGGCAGCAGUGCAGCGCCCCCUGCCCUUCUUCGGCUGA